UUACUGUUUUCAUCGAUGGCCUCGUCCAUGACGUUCCUCUGUGAAACCACACUGAGAAACGCGUUUCCAAGCAGGUCUUUUGCGUUUCCCAGCGGUUCACAUGAAGAUCAAAGGCCUUUGAGCUUCGGGUUUCAUGGCGUCGCUCUUCGGAGAGCUAAGGCGGAGGUGAAAUGGAGAUCAUCGAGGGAGGUGAGGGUCUGUGGAGAAUUCCUCUUGGACUGGCUCUGCAGAUACAGAUAUCAACAACCUCUUUGAUGCACCUGUUCUCUCUAAUACAGAGGUUGCAGAAAGGCUAAGAACAUACCAAGAACAGAACCAAAGCAAUCAGCAUUACAUGGCCAUGUUCUCCAGCAUCUUUGGAGGAAUUACAACUGAUCCUGCAGCAAUGGUCAUUCCCAUGGAUGAUCAUAUGGUCCAUAGAGGUCAUGGCGUGUUCGAUACAGCCGCAAUAAUGGACGGACACCUGUAUGAAUUAGACCAACAUUUAGACAGACUCUUAAGGUCUGCAUCAAUGGCAAAAAUCGGUCUUCCUUUUGAUCGUUCUACAAUUAGGAACAUCCUCAUAAACACUGUAUCUGCAUCGAAAUGUACUCAGGGUUCAUUAAGAUACUGGCUCUCGGUCGGACCAGGUGACUUUCAACUAUCAUCGUCUGGUUGUCCUAAGCCUGCUCUAUAUGCAAUUGUCAUUGAAGGCCGGUCUCUACCAGACCAAAAAGGUGUUAGAGUGAUAACAUCAUCAAUACCGAUGAAAUCUCCGGAAUUUGCUAUUAUGAAGAAUGUGAAUUACUUGCCUAAUGCUCUGUCCAAGGUGGAAGCUGAAGAGAAUGGAGCAUUUGUAGGCAUUUGGUUAGAUAAUGAAGGCUAUGUUGCUGAAGGUCCUAAUAUGAAUGUUGCAUUUGUAACAGCAGAUAAAGAGUUAAUGAUGCCUCAUUUCGAUAAGAUCUUAAGCGGUUGCACAGCGAAAAGAGUGUUGGUUCUCGCAGAAAAACUCAUCGGCGAAGGCAUGAUUGAUGGAAUUAGACUUGGCAAUGUGUCUGUAGAGCAAGGGAAAAUGGCUGAUGAAAUGAUGCUUAUUGGGAGUGGAAUCAUUGUGAAGCCUGUUUUGCAGUGGGACAAACACAUAAUUGGUGAUGGAAAAGAAGGUCCAGUGGCAAAAGCACUAUUUGAUUUGAUUGUGGAGGAUAUGCAAUCUGGUCCAGCUUCAGUUAGAGUGCCUGUUCCUUAUUGAAAGUUAAAAUUUUACUUGAUUGUUGUAUUCUCUUUUGUUUGUAAGCAAAGAACAAGCAGAGAAGAAACACUCUGUUUCUUCAUGUUUUAAUUAGUCAUAUGUUUAGUGGUUUAUUAUCAUAAGACCACUGAUUGAUUGUAAAAGAAUUCAGACAUAAUUAUUAAAAUAAUUAUUUUGAAA